GAGGCGGGACGUGCCAGGCGGGGGCUGCGCAUCCCCGCCGUAGACCGGGGGGGCGGGGCGAGGGGGGCUGGCCCCGCCUCCGCGCGGGGGCCAAUGGGGCGGUGUCGCCCGUUGCGCGGGAGAUUUGAAUCGCGGUCGGCCGGUGGGGCGGGGCAAGUAGCGCGGCCGGGCGACCGCCGCCGCCAUGGGGGUCUCCGGCAGCGCCCCGGCUACCCCCAUCGCCCCCCGUGACAAGCACCUGGCGCACCUCCGCGACCCCCGCUCGCCCAGCGCCGGCAUCCUGCGGACGCCCAUCGAGGUGGUGAGCUCCCCGGUGGGUAGCCCGCAGCCCGCCCCCGCUGAGCCGGCGGCGGGCACCAGCCAGGACCGGGACCCGCGCUCGCCCACGCCCGGUAUCUCCCGCACGCCCAUGAGAGCCGUCUCGAGUGACAGCGUGGACCACCUGGUGAAGCAGCUCAGCGAAGCCUUUGGGGCUGAGGCCGCUCCCGCCGAGCCGGCGGCAGUGGAGGAACCGGCCCGGCGGAGCCCCCCGCCUCCGGCCGCCGCCUCGGGGGAAGAAGCGGAGAGGCCACCUUCACCCUCUCCCAGCGCGGCCCCGGCUCGGCCAGCCCGCGUUGCUGGGCCUGGCUUCUCCUCGGGGAGCAAGCCUGUAAGACGCAAGACCAACAACAAAAUCAUGGCAACAUCUGGUGGAACUGGCCGCUCUCCCCUCAGCAUCCUCCAAGAUGAUAAUUCCCCCAGUGCUCCUGCACCUCGCCAGGGUAAGAGGCAUGUCUUGGGAGAGAACCUUGGGGAGAAGAAGGAAGUGACAGUGGAUCUAAGCAGGAGUGUCAAAUCUGGGAACUGUGCUUGGAGUAACUUGAACAAAGAGAACCAACAGUGUCCUUUUGUGGAGAACUAGAUAUUUGCUUUUUGAAGAUCUUGCUGUAACUUACUUCUAUGUUUUGAGAGUCUUCUAGGGGUGAGAAAUCCUGCAACAGACUGAAACUCCAGACUUGUGGUCGCUCUUCUCGCCUAUCCCUGUUGGGGAAAGAGCACACUAUCUCUCUCUUUGUGUGUCUUAUGUACAGUACAGACUUUGGCUCUUCUAUUGUAUAUCAGCUCUAUUGACUUACUGUAGAGUUUUUACCUGUA